UCAUCAUUUGAUUUGAUAUCCGUAUUCGCUUUAUCCUUACACGCCAAUGGCCAUGGCAGCUCUCCCUGACUUCUUCUCUCGUUUCUACACGGUUACAUUCGUCUUCUUCACAAUCUCUCUCCUCGAAAUCAAGAAUCUGUUCCGAUCAAUCACCAGAAUCGCUUCAUUCCAAAACACCUCCAAACAACUACUCACAACAACCCAGUUUUUCAAAUUCCUCGAAGAGAGAAACCCGACGAUCUCAUACACCCGGAAACUGAAGCCUCAAUCCAGAGAUUGCGCAGUCUGUUUGUCCGAUUUCGUCGAAGGAGAGAAGAUUCGGAGACUGAAAUGUAAGCACGCAUUUCACAAGAACUGUUUGGAUAGGUGGUUGAACCAGUACUGGGCUACUUGUCCUCUCUGCAGGAGCAAAGUGUUGCCUGAUGAAGUUGUUGCAGGGUUUCAUCAAUCAAGGCAAGACCCAGUGGAGCAUGAUCGGAGCGCUGAAGAGAUUAUUUACUUGUUGUCUGCAUUAAAUGGAGAUAGUUAUCAUCAUGGAUAUUUCUGAUGAUUUUGAAUUUGAUUUUUAUUUUUAUUUGUGGGUUUGAAACAAAUUGUUUUGUCCUUUUUGUUUUUACAUGUAUAUAUAAUUCAAUAAUGAAGAAUACUUGUUUUGGUGA